UUAACAGGAAGCGCUUACGUUCACCGCGUCUAGCUUGACGUCAGCGCGCAGCGGCAGCAGGAGGGAGCGGCUCUGAUAGAGCGACAUCCACAGAGAGUGGGAGAGAGAGAGAGAGAGCAGCGGAGCGGACGGGUGGAUGACUACAGACAGUCAGGAUGCGUGAAUACAAACUGGUUGUUUUAGGAUCAGGAGGAGUCGGCAAGUCAGCUCUGACUGUCCAGUUUGUUCAGGGGAUCUUUGUGGAGAAGUACGACCCGACGAUAGAGGAUUCCUACAGGAAGCAAGUCGAGGUUGAUGGACAGCAGUGCAUGUUGGAGAUCCUGGAUACAGCAGGAACAGAGCAGUUCACUGCGAUGAGAGACCUGUACAUGAAGAACGGCCAGGGUUUCGCUCUGGUUUACUCCAUCACGGCUCAGUCGACCUUCAACGACCUCCAGGACCUCCGAGAGCAGAUCCUCAGAGUGAAGGACACCGAGGACGUGCCCAUGAUUCUGGUUGGAAAUAAGUGCGACCUGGAGGUGGAGCGUGUGGUGGCCAAAGAGUCCGGCAUCGGCCUUGCCCGCCAGUGGAAUUCCUGCGCCUUCCUGGAGACUUCAGCCAAAAGCAAGAUCAACGUCAACGAGAUCUUCUAUGACCUUGUGCGACAGAUUAACAGGAAGAGUCCAGUUCCAGGGAAAACUCGCAAAAAGUCCACCUGUCAACUUCUCUAAUGACAGUUUUCUGCUCACCUGACCAACAACCAACCAACCCAUCACACCACAUCUUCCAGCUGGCCACGCCCCUUUAACAUGUCAUCGUCAACAUCAGCCGCCUCUGACCUCUGUUCCCGUAAUGACCACAUCUCCUGUCCCCUCACCACACUGUCCGACGAAGACGGUUGCCUUGGAAACAUUCAAACCAAACAUCAAAAAACUGUGGCGGCGAUGAUGACGAUAAUGAUUCUGCUGUUGCAGGAGUGGGAGCUGUCCAAACAACCGCCCAAAUUUAAACAACGGUUCCCAUCAUGCUCUCUGCUAGGCCAUUUUGCGCUGGGGAGUGGCUUCUUGCUUUUAAUUUUAAAUGUGUCUUUCCUUUUCUUUCUUUUUUUUUUUUCCUUUUACUUAUUUUCCAGUAGUCCUGAGCCAAUCACACGUGUUUUGACCACUUCACAGUUAGCAUAACAUGGCUGACUCUGUGUGUGUGUGGGGCUCUGGUAGAACCUGUGGAUCCAUACAGUGGCUAUUAUUACAGUGGUUAUUAUUAUGAUUCUGUGUGAAAAAAUAUAAAAGUCAAUUAUUGUUUUUGUUUUUUGGGGUCGGGGUGGGGGAUUAGGGGUGUGCGGCAGAUUGCGAAGUCGGCUCACCGUGCUGGUAGCUUUGAGCUAACGUCAGUUACCUGACAGUUACAAGAGUGAAUUGGCAAUAUUCUGCUAAUGCCAACCAUCAAAAUUUUUGGUUCGUUAGCUUUGCUAUGAUAUUUUUAAAGAUGUUAAUCUGUACUUAGCUUGUGUAGCUUUGGGCUACCUUGUUAGCGUAGCAACUAGUAAAUUACAUUAGAAAGAUUUGGUGGGGUGUUAGCAUUAUUAGUAUAUUCCUAAAAAACUGAUGGUAGCGUUUGGCCGUGGGCUAGCUCCUAGUUCCAGUAGCAGAUGAAAUGCAUUCAGAUUGUUAGGAGGGAAUGCUAACUAUCAAAAUAUUUGGUUUGUUAGCAUGUUUUUAAAGAUGUUAAUCUGUACUCAGCUUAUGUAGCUUUGGGCUACCUUGUUAGCCUAGCAGCUAGAAAAAUAAAUUAGAAAUAUUGUGAACAAAUUUAGCUGUUUGUGGGGUGUUAGCAUUAUUAGUGUAUCCCUAAAGAAACUGGUGGUAGCUGUUGGCCAAGGGCUAGCUCCUAGUUUUAGUAGCACAUGAAAUGCAUUGGCAUUGUUGGGAGGGAAUGCUAAUUAUGCUAACACACUGUAAUUGUUUAACAGCAUUUAGUUUCAAAACAUUAACAAUGAAACACUUGCAACAUUUUAACAAAUCAAACGGUGUACAAAAUGUAUUUCAAAGAGCUGUUAGUUGUGGGCUAGCAGCUUGUUGGCUAAUAGCCAAUGCAAUAUAUUUGGUAUGUUGUGAGAGAAUGCUAACAACAUCAAAUAAACAAUUAAAUGAUAGUAACCGUGUGCUAACUUGUUAGCUUAGGAGUGCGGUGAGCUGACUCUAGAUCUGCUGCUUAGGGCGGACAUGUUGCCUUUAGACAGCAGACUCACACUGGUCCAGUACCUUCUGUGUGUGUGUGUGUGUGUGUGUGUGUGUGUGUGUGUGUUUUUGUAUGUUUGUGAGUGUAGGUGAGCUGCAAAACAACAGUGAACCAGGCCAGUUUCUGUGAUGACCUUUAUGGCCCAGAAGGGGGAGAUGCGGGGUGGGGGGUGUUAUAUUUACUGAGCAGGGCAGCCGGCAGUUGUUGUUUCUGUAUUAUUAACCAUAUUAUUACCCAACUAUUAAUGUUUUUAACACAACACAUCUGAGAGGGAAGCACUGAAUUAUCGGUCAAACAUCCUGUUGGUCAACUCUCCCUUUAACUGAUGGGCUAUAGCAUUUAAAAGUUACUAGUACUUAUUUAUUAGUCACUAGUAUCUAUUCUAAUAUAAUAUCUAUUAGUUACUAGUGACUUGUAUCAAUUUUUUGCCAUUGAAAUCUAUGGGGCUCUGCAGUUCAGAUAUCACCUGUUCAUUUGUUACUAGAAACGAAUGAAUGGUGACUAGUAACCAUUUCCAUUUUACUAGUCACUAUUAUUUAGCUACUAGUACUCAUAUUUUAGUUACUAGUAACUAUUCCAUUCUAACUAGUAAGAAUUACAAUGUUAAUAAUGAAUAACUAGUAACAAAAACAAAUAUACUUUUAAAGAUGAAAAUGUUACUAGUAUCUUAUGGAAUAGUUACUAGUGACUAAUGAAUAAGCACUAGUAUCUAAAUAAUAAUACUAGUAAAAUUUAAUUUAGUUACUCGUAACUAUAGUUUAGUUACGAGUAACUUAAGAAGUUUGUUUUCUACUGUUUUACUACUUAGUAAUAAAGCAGUAAUAAUCACUAGUAACUAAUGGAAUAGUUACUAUUGACAAAUAAGUAAGUACUAGUAGCUUUUAAAUAGCGACAAGUAAGUUAAAGUAAUAAAUGUUAAAACGGCUUGCCAUUAACGGGCAUGUAUUAAACUAUCCGGGAAUGGAAGCCUAAACUUGACCAAAAAAUUUAAGGCUGGCCUUCCCUGUCCUUAGCGUGGGUGUAGUAUUUUAUGCUAACACUUUAAGUUAGUGAUGGUAGCUCAAAGCUACGUUAGCAAGGAGUACUGCUGACCCGUGAAUGGUAUUCUCAUCAGAUAAAGAAGAAAGUUGAACUAAAAUCUCAGUGUUUAUGUUUGAAAGUAGCACGGCUGAGGUAGAGGCCAAUCAGAGGAGGUUGGGCUUGAAGCGGAAGCCCCCGUCCCCUUGUGUGUUUUGGGGGGCGUGGCCUGUGAAGCAGUGUCUUCUGUUUGUAAUGUGAGAGUGGUCAUCUUAUAGAUACAGUAUGUUGGACCAGUGACCUCUGUGAGUACUGCUGUGCACAGUGUUGUACUUUGGGGAGUUCUGCGGUACAGUGUGUGGUACUGCUGUCAGUAUUCUGGUUCUCCUCCAGUACGUUCAGCCAUGUAGCAUGUUGAUGUUUCUGUCAGUACUCAGUCUAACCUCCAGGAGGUGCUGCGACAGUUUGCAUGCCGAGCAGAAGCUUCCAGGUGAAAGGUCUGUUUGCAGCCAUGGCAAGGGUGAUCCACAUGUACAGAAUUAAUCUGUUAGCAUGCUAACAAGGAAAGCCAGUACGUUACGCUCCAGGAGAUUCCUACUGGAAAGUUUUGUGUGAAAAGAGGACCUUUUUUUAGAAUUAAUUAGCAGCAGAGGUUUGGACUCGAGUGACAAAUAUGACGUAGGACUUGACAAAAUAAAAAAAAA